AUGGCUGAUGAUAUUAUCGAACAGAUCAGGCCAUCUCGUCGACUUGCCCCAACGAAAAGAACCUACGAGAAGAUGCAGGGCACGAGCAAUAGAACUGGCGGACUGGCGAAAAAAUCGAAGCUUGCAGUUGAUAACCUUGCCACUGACGCUCUGCCCAAGGAUGGGACUCGCGAAGAGCCUGUCACUGAUGAGUCUAUGAGCGAGCCGCCCGGCGAAACCUCCACGAACAUCUCUGCCACCGGUAAACCUGCCACGAGCGAGCCUACUAUUGACAAAUCGUACAUCGAAAGUCCAAAUACAGUUGAGACUCCGAAGUCUUUUGGCGCGGCCAAUUUGCCAGCUUCUCCCACACAUAUUCCAAUCGAGGGUGGUGGAACUAUGGGUUUGUCGCCGGAAGGUGACAUGUUCCCAGUGACUCAUGGUGAUGGACUGACGAUCUUGGAUGAGUAUUUUGAAGAAUCUGCCAUCGGUUCAGGGUCUGUGGGGAACACAGGAGAGCUGGGCAAAUCGCCGACGUUCAUGGCCGAGUCUGUUGAACCCACUCGGCCGAAUACUCCUGGGGCCUCGACUGAACCUCGGCAUCCUCCAAAUGCCGAGAUUAACUCCUCCUCCUCAGAAGCCUUGGACGUCGACCCUGACCCAGCGGUAGUAAGUGCUGAGAUAUCUGAGUCUGGCUCGAGGACCGGAUUACCUGGAUCUUUAUCUACGAAUCCAACAAGCUAUCCACCUUCCGAGACUCAUCAUAUCAAUAGUGUCUGGGACCAUGACUUAACGGAGUAUGAGAAUUUCAUAGCGGAUCACAAUAUUAAACCGACCUCUGGAAAAUCAAAUGUCCACGUUCUCCGCCAUGGCCUCAAGGGUCAAUCUGACCGUAAUAAAUCUCGCUUCGUUAGUCUAGUGCCGUACGAAGGGGAAUCUGGGAAAAGGACUCUGGGUGCCCGUAGUGGCUCGACCGAACUUCUUGCAGUUACUCCACUAGCCCAAUUCUUCCUGGAGACUUCCUGGGUAUCUUUUCCGGGAGACUUCGCUAUACGGAUCAGAAGCCACCGAGAUCUAUCCCAGGACCAGUUCCAAAUCUUUGGCUAG